CUGCUCUAAAUAUUCAUAUUUCUCCUGUUUCCAUCUCUAAGGAGAUUACACCUUGUUCUCAAGAUUCCUGUUUGCACACCUUGAGUGUUUAACGCUUGCACUGGGUCAGGAAAACACAUUCUCAAAUGUAAAAUAAACCCAGGCAUAUGUCCUGCCCAACUCACUUCCUGCUUGCUAAUGAUUUCUUUGGGAUUUUCUGAUGGAAACCCAAUUCAAGGACUGAGGUUGGUUUCCUCUCUUCCUUUUUUUCUCCAUUGCAAGGGUUAACUGCAAUUCCUGGCUUGUUUGAUCAAUUGAAACUCCUCCCUGGCUCACAAAAUGCCUAUUUUUCUCCUAAGAGCUUAUUUGUUAAAAAGGCUGCUUGUGCUGAACUACACACCCUCUUCAAGAUGUCCUUCUGGGUGGCAGUCAUGGUUGCCUUGGUGGUCGGUCUUUUCGGAGCCCUCUACCUGAUGGGCUUCUUCCGCCGAAGACGACCCAAUGAACCCCCUUUGGACAUAGGACUCAUUCCCUGGCUCGGACAUGCAUUGCACUUCCGAAAUGACAAUCUGGAUUUCCUGCAAAGCAUGCAGAAGAAACAUGGAGACAUCUUCACCACCUUGAUUGCAGGACAAUACUUCACCUUCUUGAUGGACCCAUUGUCUUUUGGUGGCAUCAUCAGGGAACCCCGCAGCAAACUGGACUUUACUUUGUUUGUACUGGAGCUGGUCCUCAGGGUGUUUCGAUUCAAGGCCUCCCAUGAGACUCGCAAGAUUAUCGAAGUCUCCAGUGCAAAACAUCUGAAGGGAGAGGGCCUGGUGGUGAUGACCCAAGCCAUGAUGGAUGCUUUACAGUCUGUCUUACUCCAGUGGGAAGAAACCUCUGAAGAGGAUCCAAAGUCCUGGAAAGAAGAUGGCUUGUUCCAUUUCUGUUACAACACGGUCUUUCGAGCUGGGUAUCUGGCUUUGUACGGUACCGAGCCAGUUAAAGGUGAAAACCAGAAAGAAAAGGCGAAACGAAAAGACCAGCAUCACACUGAAGAGUUGUACAUUGAAUUUUGCAAAUUUGACAAGCUCUUCCCACGCCUAUCAUAUGCCUUGUUGACCCCAUGGGAGUGGGGCCAAAUGAAGAACCUCUGGAACUAUUUCUGGCAAGUUCUUUCAGUGAAGAACAUCUAUCAGAAGGACAACAUCAGCCAGUGGAUCAGUGACCAGGAUCAACAGCUGGCUGAAAGUGGGAUUUCAGAAGAGAUGAGAGACCGGUACAUGUUCCUGCUUCUUUGGACUGCUCAAGGUAGCACUAGUCCAGCUUCCUUCUGGCUUCUGGAGUACCUGAUGAAGCAUCCCAAAGCCAUGGAAGAGGUCAAGAAGGAGAUCCUGGAGGUGGUGAAGAAAUCAGGCCAAGAGGUGACCUCCUGCGAGAAGCCCUUGAAUGUCACCAUGGAGAUGCUAAACCAAAUGCCCAUCCUGGACAGCACUUUGGAAGAGACACUGAGGUUGGUGACAGCGCCAUUGUUGAUCAGAGUGGUUUUACAAGACAUGGAUUUGAAGCUUCACAAUGGGAAGUCCUACCUGCUGCGUAAAGGUGAUAAAAUCGGCCUCUUCCCUUACCUCUCAGUCCACAUGGACCCCGAAAUACAUCCGGAUCCCCAGGUCUUCAAAUACGACCGUUUCCUUAGCCAAAACGGCAACAAAAAGGAAUUUUUUAAGAAUGGCGAGAAGGUAAAAUAUUUUGCCAUGCCUUGGGGAGCUGGGACCUCCAUGUGUCCUGGCCGCUACUUUGCCACCAACGAAAUCAAGCUUUUCACCUUCCUGAUGCUGGCUUGUUUUGAUCUGGAACUGAUCAAUCAGCAGGAGGAGAUCCCUCCCAUCAACAAGACCCGCUACGGGUUUGGGGUGGUACAACCCAUGAAUGACGUCCAAUUUAGGUACCGAUGCCGGUGCUAAAGGCCAAGGCUGCGAUCCACACAUGACAGUCCAAGAUAAUUAUCUCUAUAUAAUUGAAUCACUCUCUCUUUCCUCCCUCUCUCUGUCUCUCUGUGUGCAUGUGUAUGUGUUUGUGUGCUAACCCUUCCUUUCAUUUUCACACUUAGCUUGCACACGAUAAUCUAGGACAGUGGUUCUCAACCUUUUUAAUGCCGCGACUCCCAACCGGUCAUAAGUCGAGGACUACUCAACCAGUCAUAAAUCGAGGACUACU